AUGCCGAUUUUAAAUCGGGACAAUGUUGCUAUCGGUGUUGCACAAAUAAUUAAUAAAAAAACUGGUACACAUGAAUUCACAGCGAAAGAUAUUAAUGUUUUCCGAAAUUACUUGACAUUUUGUGGUCUUAGUUUAUCAAAUGCACAAUUAUUUGAAUUAUCUAUUCAAGAAUAUAAAACGAAUCAAGUAAGAUUUUGUUAUUCAUUCAUACAACAUAAACAAUUAAUGCCGUUGGGCAGACAAGAAGAAAUUCAGCGAACAACCGCUCGAUCUUCUUAUUCUUCUAAUUCUUUAUAUUUACUUUCAAACGAUAAUAAAAUAUACGAUAAUGGGCAAUUACAAGCAACAAAUAUUUUAUCAAAUAGUGAAACACAAAGAAAUACCGAGGAUCUCUCGCUUUUAGUCAGGCUUAAGCUUCUUCUGAAUUUAGCACGAAAUUUAUUUCGUGAACAAAAUGAUCUUGAACGUUUGGUACAUAAGAUAACAACUGAAUCGCAAGGUCUUAUGCAAUGUGCUCGUUGCUGUGUUUACAUAUUAGAUCGGGCAGUAACAUCAAAUAAACUUGAAGAUAUUCAUUUUUCCAAAGGAUUUGAUAUGACUUAUGGUGAAGAAUUUAAAGUAACAACAAAUGAUUUUCUUGAAAAUUCGCGAUAUGGUAAAAUUGCUUAUCAUGUUGCUACAACAAUGGAAACAGUUAAUUUAAAUGAUCUAAUGAAUGAUCAAGCUCUUGCACAUCUUUUAAUAUCAAAUGGUGAUGAUACAUUUGAAUUAAGAAAUAUUUUAUCUGUACCCAUUAUGGAUAGUGAUGGUCACGUUAUUGGUGUUUCUCAAGUGAUGAAUAAAUUAAAUGGAAGAAUUUUUACUGAAGAUGAUGUGGCAAUUAUUGAAGCCUUUUCAGUUUUUUGUGGUUUGGGUAUCCAUAAUACACGUCAAUAUGAAAAUGUUGUUCGUUUAACAGCAAAACAAAAUGUUGCUUUUGAAGUUUUAUCUUAUCAUGUAAUUGCACCUGAAGAAGAUGUUCAACGUGUUUCACAAAUUUGCGUACCUGAAGCAAAUCAAAUAAGAUUAUAUUCGUGGGAAUUCAAUGAUAUGAUUUUAACUGACGAUGAAACAGUUUUGGCUAGUGUAAGAAUGUUUAUUGAAUUAGAUUUACCGAAAACAUUUCGCAUACCAAAUGAUAUUAUAUGUCGAUGGGUAUUAAGUGUAAAGAAAAAUUAUCGACCGGUGAUUUAUCAUAAUUGGAGACAUGCUUUUAAUGUUGCACAAACUAUGUUUUCAAUGCUUACAACCGGUGGUAUGAAUGUCUGUAUGAGUGACUUAGAAUGUAUGGGUUUAUUGAUUGCAUGUUUAAGUCAUGAUCUUGAUCAUCGUGGAACAAAUAAUGCUUUUCAAGCAAAAGUUGAUGCACCACUUGCAAAAUUAUAUACAACAUCAACACUUGAACAUCAUCAUUUUGAUCAAUGUAUUAUGAUACUACAAACAGAAGGAAAUAAUAUUUUACAAGCAUUAUCUGCUGAUGAUUAUAAGUUAAUUGUUCGUUAUAUUGAAGCAGCUAUCGUAUCAACUGAUCUGGCGCUUUAUUUUCGAAAACGAGGCGAAUUCCAAAAAUUAGUCGAUGUUAAUGACGAGCAUUGGACAGAUCCUACAAAAAAAGAACUACUUAGAGGAAUGAUGAUGACAGGAUGUGAUGUAGCAGCUAUUUGUAAACCGUGGGAACUUCAACAAGUUGUUGCCAAAUUAGUUGCAAGUGAAUUUUUUCAACAAGGAGAUAUUGAACGAACUCAAUUGCAUGUUGAACCAAUUCCAAUGAUGGAUCGAGAGAAAAAAGAUGAAUUACCUAAAAUGCAAGUUGGCUUUAUUGAUUCGAUCUGUCUUCCACUAUAUAAAAUGCUUUCCGAUGUUGAUCCUGGUUUACAUCCACUUUUUGAAGGCUGUAAAAAGAAUCGUGACAAUUGGGAAAAAUUACAACAAGAACAUGAUAAACUCAAAUCAUUAUGGUCAGACAGUGCCUCUCAGGAAGUACUAAAAAAGAUAGUUGAAGCCUCAAAACCAGAAUUACAAGCAAAAAACUUGGUGCCAUCACAAUCAGAGUCAACAGCUUCAUUGAAAGUACUAAAAACUACUAAUGAAAAUUCUGUUACUGCUCCGGUAUCGAAUACCGACACUAAAUCUAUCAAUCGUGAGCAGCAAACAACAACGGUAACAGCACCAAUACUUGAUCCAGCACUUAUAACUACAAUACAUGCUAAUAAAGGCGCAAUUGAAACAAUACGUGGGCAAAUAACAGAAUUACGACAUGAUGUUGAUCAGUUACGUGCACUAGUUAAAAAUCGAAAACGAUCAGCAAUCAAUAAUACAAAUGCAACACAUAUUAUUACAAAUCAAGCUCAAUCACAAAUUCUUCCAUCCAUAUCAUCUCCACCGCCACCUUCAAACGGUACACGUCAUCAUGUUGAAUCAAAGUCCAAUACUAAUAAUGUUAAUCAAGCGUCAGUUUCCCAUCAUCACCACCAUCAUCAUCAUAUUGGACAGUCAGGUACAGCAGGACAUUCAUCUGUUUGCACCAUUAUAUAA